AUGGCUCGCAACACCGACGUCUCGCCGUACAUCGGCAAGCUCUCGCGCUCGAAGCUGUACUCGAAGAAGGGGCUUUACAAGCGUGAGCACAAGGCCGCUGCCCCUUCGGACAAGGCCGAGGCCAAGGAGGAGACGGCCUACUACCCGGCCGACGACGUCCGCAAGCCCAAGGCGUCGCGCAAGUCGAUCAAGCCGACCAAGCUCCGCGCGUCCAUCACCCCGGGCACCGUCCUCAUCCUCCUCGCCGGUCGCUUCCGCGGCAAGCGCGUCGUCUGCCUCGGUCAGCUCCCCUCGGGGCUUUUGAUCGUCACCGGGCCGUUCAAGGUCAACGGCGUCCCGCUCCGCCGCGUCAACCAGGCGUACGUCAUCGCGACCUCGACCAAGGUUGACCUCGGCUCGUUCCAGCUCGACGCCAAGUUCAACGACGCCUACUUCUCGAAGGACAAGUCGUCGUCGCGCUCGGCCAAGGAGGGCGAGUUCUUCAAGGACGGCGAGGAGAAGAAGCAGUUCCCCGCCGAGAAGGCUGCCGACCAGAAGACGGUCGACAAGGCCAUCCUCGCCGCCGUUGCCCAGACCCCGAACCUCGCCAAGUACCUCGGCGCCACGUUCGGCCUCAGCAAGGGCCAGUUCCCGCACCUCCUCAAGUUCUAA